CAUCCUCAUCGUUUCGCCUCUCUCCCCAGAAUGCUCAUCAGAAACAAUCUCCUUUUCCUCUCCUUGAUGUGUUUUCUCUUCUAAUCUCCGGCGAGCGAUAACCCAAAACAGAGAUCCAAAAGACAGAGGAGGAGAGAAAAAAACAGAGGAGAGAGAGAGAGAGAGAUAAGCUGUCCAUGGCCGCCGCUACGACAGAGAAGGAAGCUAUGGUGGAUCCUUUUCUGGUCGAAACUCUCCAGAAUCCUCGUCAUCGUCUCACCAUUUUGCGUAUGGAGCUUGACAUACAAAAGUUCUUUCAAAGCCCUGACCAGCUCCAAUUCGAGUUCCAGCCUUUUCCAACAUCAUACCUACGUCUCGCUGCACAUAGAGUUGCUCAGCAUUAUGGACUAGUGACCAUGGCUUUGGAGAACGCUAACGGUGCUGUAGACGGAUCUGAUAACAGAAUCUUGGUAACUAAGACAGCAGAGAGUAGGUUUCCUUGUGUCUGUUUAUCAGAAAUCCCUGUUAAGCAACCUGAGAAUGGUAGUAGACCAGAGGGUUUCAAGAUUGCGAUUAAGGCUAGACCGAAGAGAGGCUCUGGAAGCGGAGGUAGCGGGUCAGGAGUUCAGCAGAAUCUUCUGAGAAGUGUUGAGGAGAGGAAAGAAGAGUAUGAUAAGGCUCGAGCUCGGAUCUUUAACAGUCCUAGUAGUUCUGACUCUGAAGAUUCUUCAUCGCUUCGAGCUCCUCCUCCUCCUCUUCCUAUUGAAGGUGUAAUAAACCGAAAUGAGAGUGAGGUGGCGGUUAGUAAUGUUUCUGUUGAUGCUGGUUCUCGGACUGUAGCCAUUAUCAGAGAUAGAGAGAAAGAUCGGUAUGAUCCGGAUUAUGACAGGAGCUAUGACAGAUAUGUUGCGGAUCCUGCAUACAGGUACGUUAGGGUUAUGCCCUCUGGUCAAAGCUUCAAUCCGAUGCCAAUGCACCUUCCAUUUCAUGAUGGGGGUUUCCCGCAGAUGCCAAGAGGUCCUCAAGCUAAUCUAAACUACGUGCAUCCGGCUAUGAGUCCCUUUAACAACCCGGCUGCUUAUACACCGUGGCCAAACUUGCCCUCUAUGAACUAUGUGCAGUCGUUGAACCGUCCAGACUUCAGGCAUCCUUCUGCGAGCAAUCCCUGACAACAACCUAGUGUUUUUGAGUACUUAAGUGUCUGUAUUAAGAAACAUAAUUUAUAUAGAUAUUAUCAGCACUCGCUGCUUCCUUCUUGUAUAACAAGACAUCUAUUCUCUCAUUUGAAUUUCUUUCGUAAUUAUAUUAUUAUGGAACUUUGAAUUAACCUUAAACCAAUCUUUGAU